AUGUGGCAGCGCUCGAUUCUAGGGCGUACAGUCCGCUCGGUACAUUUAAUUCAUAUGUGUGUUGUUCCUAUAAGCUGCACCUCUAUCCAGCGCCACCACAGCAUGGGGAAGGAACGAGGUGGCGCCCGACCGAAAGGUCCACCCCAUGUUUCUCCAAAGCAAAGCCCUGCGGUCCAGGAGAUCUCAGGUCGGGACCUAUUCACUGUGACCGAAGUUCUGAGCAGCAAGGAGGCGUCAUGCAUCGUGGAGUAUGCCGAGUCGCUGGGCUUGACACACCAGUCCAGCCGGGGACCAAAGUUCGGCGAGGCCUUCCGGGACAACGACCGUGUGAGCAUACAGGACCAGGCAUGGGCAGACACGCUGUGGACCGCUCUGGGUCUGCAGGGCACUCUCGGGCGCGACCCCACCACCGGGGCCCAACCUGUGGGCCUGAACCCCAACCUCAGGUUCUACCGGUACCGCCCCGGCCAGCGGUUCGGCCGGCACAUCGAUGAGAGCAAUGACCUUGGCGGCGGAAAGUUUACCCUGUACACGGUCCUCAUCUACCUCUCCACGCCCGGGGAGGGUGGGGAGACGGUGUUCUACAAUCGUGGGAAACGGCUGGCUGCCGUCUCCCCCCGGACGGGCCUGGCGCUGCUGCAUCGCCAUGGCCGGGACUGCCUGCUGCAUGAAGGCGCUGAGGUGGCGGCGGGCGAGAAGUGGGUCCUGCGCAGCGAUGUGGUGUACGCAUAG